CGCUAACAUCUUGCACCCCGGGUCUGCGGAAGCCGCCCCCAGGCUAGCAGCACGCGGCGCUGGAGACUCGCGGGCAGCAGAGCCCGCCCCGGCCCGGCCCGCCCCGCCCACCCGGCCGUCCUCCCUGCGGUCCCGUCGGGAGUCCGCGAGCGGCGGCUGCGGCGGCGCAGCCUCGGCGGCCCAGGGCUCUUCGCCCCCUACCAGCCCAAGUCCGCACGUUCCCACCACCACGUGUUGGGACACCCCAUGUGUUCCGGGCAGAAAGUCAGAGAAGUUCCCUCCAGCUGGUGCCACUUCUCACCUAAGCAGAAGGGACAAAGCAGAUAACUGCGACUCAAUUUGACGUAAACAGCAAUAUUGGAAGUGGCAGUAGAGCUGGUUGCAGAGGCAUGCACCUGGAGUUCCAGAUACUUGGGAAGCUGAGACAGAUUUCUGGAACUCGGGAGUUUGAAUCUGAUGACAUAUUCCAACAUCCCCAGCUCCAGAAGUGAAAGGGAAUAUAAGGAGCAGAGACAAACCCCACUGCAAGGGGCCACAAGGAAGGGCCAGGAUGAAGAAGUUGGUGUGACCUGGAACAGCCGGAGAGUCCUCCUGCAGAAGGCUGAGUUCCACAGGGUGACCCCCCACGACAUAUCAAGCUCUUUCCAGGGCCAGGCCAGGCCAAGGGCUCAGAACUGAAUCUGCCAGGAUCCCCAGGCUGUGGAGGAUGAGGCUCCUCCGCAGACGCCGUAUGCCUCUGCGCCUGGCCAUGGCGGGCAGCAUCUUCAUGCUCUACCUCUUCAUCCGGCAAAAUGAUGAAAGUGGCAGAGAGCCAGCCACAGAGAAGCCAUGGCUGAAGUCCUUGGUGGGCCAGAAGGAUCACGUCCUAGAUCUCAUGCUAGGGGCGGUGAACAACCUUAAAGAUUCAAUGCCCAAACUCCAGAUCAGAGCUCCGGAGCUGCAGCAGCCUCCAGUCGCCAUAAACCAGUCUUGCCCCCCUGGGUUCUACACAUCAGCUGAGCUAAAGCCUCACUGGGAACGGCCACUGCAGGACCCUAACAGCCCUGGGGCCGAUGGGAAAGCAUUUCAGAAGAGCGAGUGGACACCCCUGGAGACCCAGGAAAAAGAAGAGGGCUACAAGAAGCACUGCUUCAAUGCCUUUGCCAGUGACCGGAUCUCCCUGCAGAGAGCCCUGGGGCCAGACACCCGGCCUCCUGAGUGUGUUGACCAGAAGUUCCGACGCUGCCCUCCACUGCCCACCACCAGCGUCAUCAUCGUGUUUCACAAUGAGGCAUGGUCCACGUUGCUGCGAACAGUGUACAGUGUCCUACACACCAGCCCUGCCAUGUUGCUGAAGGAGAUCAUACUGGUAGAUGAUGCCAGCACUGACGAAUACCUAAAGGACAAGCUGGAGCAGUACGUGCGGCAGCUGCAGAUCGUGAAGGUGGUGCGGCAGGAGGAGCGGAAGGGGCUGAUCACUGCCCGGCUGCUGGGGGCCAGUGUGGCACAGGCAGAGGUGCUAACAUUCCUGGAUGCCCACUGUGAGUGCUUCCAUGGCUGGCUGGAGCCCCUCCUGGCUCGAAUUGCUGACGACAAGACAGCUGUGGUGAGCCCAGACAUCGUCACCAUUAACUUACACACCUUUGAGUUCUCCAAGCCUGUCCCUGGGGGCAGAAUCCACAGCCGGGGCAACUUUGACUGGAUCCUGACCUUCGGCUGGGAGGCUCUGCCUGCACAUGAGAAGCAGAGGCGCAGAGAUGAGACCUACCCUAUCAAAUCCCCGACGUUUGCUGGAGGCCUCUUCUCCAUCUCCAAGUCCUACUUUGAGCACAUCGGUACCUAUGAUAAUCAGAUGGAGAUCUGGGGAGGGGAGAACGUGGAAAUGUCCUUCCGGGUGUGGCAGUGCGGGGGCCAGCUGGAGAUCAUCCCCUGCUCUGUGGUAGGCCAUGUGUUCCGUACCAAGAGCCCCCACACCUUCCCCAAGGGCACCAGUGUCAUUGCUCGCAACCAAGUGCGCCUGGCCGAGGUGUGGAUGGAUGACUACAAGAAGAUUUUCUACAGAAGAAAUCUGCAGGCAGCAAAGAUAGCCCAAGAGAAAUCCUUUGGUGACAUUUCGGAGCGACUGCAGCUAAGGGAACAACUACACUGUCACAACUUUUCCUGGUUCUUGCACAACAUCUACCCAGAGAUGUUUGUUCCUGACCUGAAUCCAACCUUCUAUGGAGCUAUCAAGAACCUCGGCAUCAAUAAAUGCCUGGAUGUGGGUGAGAACAACCGCGGAGGGAAGCCCCUUAUCAUGUACUCCUGCCACGGCCUUGGCGGCAAUCAGUACUUUGAGUAUACGACCCAGAGAGACCUGCGUCACAACGUUGCUAAACAGCUGUGUCUACAUGCCAGUGCCAGCACACUGGGCAUGAGGACCUGUCACUUCACUGGCAAAAAUAGCCAAGUGCCCAAGGACGAGGAAUGGGAAUUGACCCAGGAUCAGCUCAUCAGGAACUCAGGAUCUGGUACCUGCCUGACAUCCCAGGACAAAAAGCCAGCCAUGGCCCCUUGCAAUCCCAGUGACCCCUACCAGCUCUGGCUCUUUGUCUAGGCCCAUGAUCUUCCCCCGUGAUCUCCUCUUCUGCCCCAAGUACUCUCAGGAAAUAGGAUGGCCAAUGUGUGGAAUCCUGGUCAUCAGCCCUCUAGGCCUUCAGGAUGGCUUUGUAAACCAAGUGGAGGUCAAGGCAAACCUUCUUGCCCCUUGCAACAAUGAGCCCAUUUUCUUCUACUCUGAUAGAAGAAACUAUUCAGACAUGCCUAGAACUUCCUUCUGAUUUUGGAACAAAGUCCUCCAGAGCAGAGGACAGGCCAAGGGCAGCAACCCUGAGGUCAAGAAGAAUACCUCUGCAGCCCUGAAGUGUUAGUCAGCCAAAGCACUUGCAGUAUUUAGUGAAAUAGUCUGAUCUAAUAGAAGAUGUUGAGGUCAAAGAGAGCCUCCCUCUUUAAUAAUACCUGGUGUGUAGAACUGACUGCAAUUUACCAGAAGCACCCAGUGAGGUAUCCUUUCUCUUAUUUCAUUUGCACAAUUAUGCUAUGAGAAAGAUCGGAUGAGAUCUACUGUGUCCAUCCUCCAGGUAAGAGGGCAGAGGCAGAGAUACAGAAGCUUGUCCACAGUUGUGUAGCUAAGUGGCUCAAGCUGAUCUUGAGGCCCAGUCUCCAGCACUGAACCAUGGAUCGUUCCGCUGUGCCACAGAACACUAGACACCUAACCAGGUGUUUCCCAGUCCCUGUUUGCCCUUUUUUAUCACUGAGGUACUGUCAGCCAGAGGAAGUUAACAAGAGUCCUGGCAAAACUGAGAAGCAGGCCAGGCAUGGUGGUGCACGCCUGUAAUCCCAGCACUUGAGAGGCUGAGGCAGGAGGAUCGCCAUGUGUUUGAAGCCAGUCUGAACUGCAUAGUGAAACCCUCUCACCAAAGGGUUUAGGGGGAAGACCGAGGAAGCAGGGACACUGUGCAGUCGAGCAUAUCUGAUCCCAUCUUCUGUGUUUGUACCAAGUCCUGGUGUGAAGCGGACUGGACGUCUGUACUAGCUCUUCUCCGAGCAAGGUGAACCCUGCUGCACGUGGCUGCUUUGUCUGACAGCACACCCCUCUGAAAGCUAAUGAAAAUUCUGACCAGGAAGUCUUCCGACGUCAAUAGCAGACUGCGGCCGCAUGGAGGUGCUGUGGGACCACUUCUGCCUCCAGCUCGCACACAGCACGGCAAGCAUGCAUGGGAGCCGGUAGCACCCAGUGAAGGAGCCGCUCUGAGGUGCCCCAGCCAAAGGGACGGAAGAAAACGGCCAGGGAAGAGCCCGUUGGGAAAAGGAGAAAGUUCUGUCUCUAAAAGAGAAGAGUUGGACAUGGGAGCCCAGUGGAAAUAAAGGUUUUAUGGCAGUGGGAGAGCAAGUGUGUGUUGGGCUUCUCUUCCCCUGGCCGCGCCUUAGCCGAGUCAGUCGGUUCGGGCUCGGAAAUACCGCGUACGCUUGAGAAGCGCCCCCCGCCCCCGCCCCUUCCCCCAAAUACCCUCUGCCCCAAGUCCGGCCUGCGGAGUGGGCAUCAAGCAUGUGAAGCAGGCAGGGACAGAAGAUGAGGUCCUUCUGCCGCAGAACUCCUGGUCCGAAUGUAGAAGGGUCGUGAAAGCCUAGAAAUGUUCAAAAAUGUGCUCAGUGAGCUCUAAGGAAAAAUCCUUUCCACUUCUAGGGAUCAGCAAAGGCCUCACGAAGGCAAUGACGUUUGACCUCACUGAUAGAGAAGUCAAGCACUGAACGUGGAUCAUCCCACUGUGCAGCCGAACACUAGGCACCUAGCCAGGAGUUUCCCACGCCCUCUUUGAUAGAGAAGGUGGGAAAGACUCAGGAAGCAGAAAUGUCACGCAAGCAGCUAUCUAUCAUGAGCAUAGCCACAGAGGGACAGAAACAAGUGGAUCUAAAAAAGCAAGACCUCGUGGCGGAGUGGGUGUGUGGAAGCUAGAGGAGGGCUGCAUUUUCACUUCGGUGGGC